CCCACAGAAAUAUAUAAAUUGGUGCCCAACCCUCUUAUUUUCAAAACGAGUUACGACUGCAAGGCAUAGUUUAUUCAACGAGGUUUGUAGAUUGAGGAACAAUGGCUCGUACUAAGCAGACCGCGCGUAAAUCAACUGGAGGUAAGGCGCCAAGGAAACAGCUGGCCACUAAAGCUGCUAGGAAAAGCGCGCCCUCUACAGGUGGCGUCAAGAAGCCCCACAGAUACCGGCCCGGAACUGUUGCUCUGAGAGAGAUCCGUCGUUACCAGAAGUCAACGGAGUUGCUCAUUCGCAAGUUGCCCUUUCAGCGUCUAGUUAGGGAGAUCGCACAAGACUUCAAAACUGACCUGAGGUUUCAGAGUGCUGCCAUCGGUGCGCUUCAGGAGGCAAGUGAGGCCUACCUUGUUGGCCUGUUUGAGGACACAAACUUGUGUGCCAUCCACGCCAAGAGGGUCACAAUCAUGCCCAAGGACAUCCAGCUCGCAAGGCGAAUCAGAGGGGAGAGAGCAUAAUUCUUUUUUUUCUUCUUUUUUUUUUUUUUUUGUACUUUUAAUGACAAACACUCCGAGCAAUGGAUUUGUACAUUUGGAGUCAUUUUGUAAAACAUUCCAUACAGACUCUGGUUUUAAAAGUGAGUGCGUCUAGAUUAAACAUUGUAGAGUGGCUUUAGUUGCAUGCCUAAAGUAUUUAUCACUUAUCUUUUACAUUGAUCAUUGGGUUGUAAAUAAUAAAUGACACUACCUCAAAAUUGUGUGUGGUUAUUCA